ACCAGUCUUAAAAUCAGUUAAUCGAAAUUGAACUCAAGGCUGGCCAAAACAGGGCGGAUCAGGGCAGCUGGCUCUUGUGGUCACUGACACGCUUUGCCCUUUGCCAAAAGAAUUCAACAUUUCCUUUCCGCAUCGUCAACGCUGCAGGACGUGAACGUGCUGGGACAUGGCCUAGGACCCACGAAACGCUCUCCCGGCUUCACCAGCAGCACAGACCUCGGGCACAGCUGACCCAGAGCCCCAAAAAUGAAAAUCACGGUGGGAAUUCUUUCCUGAAGAACCGCAACAAAAACCUGGAAGAAAAAAAACCCACUCAAAACAAACACUGUCUAACGAUGCAACGUAAGCUUCCGAAGGAAACACCCUCCUGUGGCACGGCCGGUACUUAAUUAGCAGGACUGGCAGCCUCCAUUUGCAUGUGAAGUACAAAGCUUUCGUUUCACUCCACGAAUCCAGCGCCUGAAUGAGCUGGAGGCAAUGACCAGAGUGAAGCUGGACUUCUUGGAUCAAUUAGCAAAAUUUUGGGAACUCCAAGGAUCCAAUUUAAAAAUCCCUGUGGUGGAGAGAAAAAUACUGGAUCUCUAUGCUCUGAGCAAGAUUGUUGCCAGCAAAGGAGGCUUUGAGGUGGUCACUAAAGAGAAGAAAUGGUCGAAAGUGGCAAGUCGGCUUGGCUACCUGCCAGGAAAAGGCACAGGGUCGUUACUUAAGUCUCACUAUGAACGGAUCUUAUACCCGUAUGAGCUCUUCCAGUCUGGAGUCAGCCUUAUGGGCAUCCAAAAGCCAAAUCUGGACCUUAAGGAAAAAGUGGAGGCGGAGGACCUCAGCUCUGAUGCCCAGGCUUCCCCAAAGCAGGGUACAAGAAUGAAUGUGGUGCUGAAGAGAACCAGACGCGUCAAGUCCCAGGCAGAAGCAGGAGAAAUGAGUAGAAAUACUGAACUAAAGAAGCUGCAGAUCUUUGGAGCAGGACCCAAGAUGAUGGGACUGGCUUUGGGAGCAAAGGAUAAAGAGGAUGAGGUGUCGCGAAGACGCAAGGGAACCAGAUCAGAAGCAUUUGGAAUGCAGAUGAGGCAACGCAAAGGAACCCUUUCUGUCAACUUCGUUGAUCUGUAUGUUUGCUUAUUCUGUGGCAGAGGAAACAACGAGGACAAACUGCUACUGUGUGAUGGGUGUGAUGACAGCUAUCACACUUUUUGCUUGAUUCCUCCUUUACCUGAUGUACCCAAAGGUGACUGGAGGUGUCCCAAGUGCGUUGCUGAGGAAUGCAACAAACCCCGUGAGGCAUUUGGAUUUGAACAAGCUGUCAGGGAAUAUACUCUCCAGAGCUUUGGUGAAAUGGCUGAUAACUUCAAGUCUGAUUAUUUCAACAUGCCGGUCCAUAUGGUUCCCACUGAACUUGUGGAAAAAGAAUUCUGGCGAUUGGUGAGCAGCAUAGAAGAAGAUGUCAUAGUGGAAUAUGGGGCUGAUAUCUCAUCCAAGGACUUUGGAAGUGGCUUUCCAGUGAAGGAUGGCCGACGAAAGCUGAUGCCAGAGGAGGAGGAUUAUGCUCUUUCUGGUUGGAACUUGAAUAACAUGCCAAUUCUGGAACAAUCGGUCCUUGCCCACAUCAAUGCAGAUAUCUCUGGCAUGAAGGUACCUUGGUUGUACGUAGGGAUGUGCUUCUCAUCAUUUUGUUGGCACAUUGAAGACCACUGGAGCUAUUCCAUCAACUACUUGCAUUGGGGAGAGCCAAAGACAUGGUAUGGCGUGCCUUCGCAUGCAGCAGAGCAACUGGAGGAUGUGAUGAAAGAACUGGCUCCUGAGCUAUUUGAAUCCCAGCCUGAUCUCCUGCAUCAGCUCGUCACUAUCAUGAAUCCCAAUGUGCUGAUGGAACAUGGUGUACCAGUAUACAGGACCAACCAGUGUGCUGGCGAGUUUGUUGUGACUUUUCCUCGUGCCUAUCACUCUGGAUUUAACCAGGGAUACAACUUUGCUGAAGCUGUGAACUUUUGCACUGCUGACUGGCUUCCCAUUGGACGUCAAUGUGUGAGUCACUACCGAAGGCUAGGACGUCAUUGCGUUUUUUCCCAUGAAGAGCUGAUCUUCAAGAUGGCUGCAGAUCCAGAGUGCUUGGAUGUAGGGCUUGCUGCCAUGGUCUGCAAGGAGAUGACUCUAAUGAUAGAGGAAGAAACACGCUUAAGGGAGUCUGUUGUACAGAUGGGAGUGUUGAUGUCUGAAGAAGAGGUGUUUGAACUGGUUCCAGAUGAUGAGCGUCAGUGUACAGCUUGUAGGACCACGUGCUUCUUGUCAGCUCUUACAUGUUCUUGUAAUCCUGAGCGUCUGGUGUGCCUAUACCAUCCGUCCGAUUUAUGUCCCUGUCCAAUGCAGAAGAAGUGUCUAAGGUACCGGUACCCACUAGAAGACCUUCCUUCUUUGCUGUAUGGAGUGAAAGUGAGAGCACAGUCCUAUGACACUUGGGUCAGUAGAGUUACAGAGGCUUUGUCUGCCAACCUCAACCACAAGAAAGAUGUGAUUGAGUUGAGAGUGAUGUUGGAGGAUGCUGAAGACAGGAAAUAUCCAGAGAAUGAUCUUUUCCGCAGGCUCAGAGAUGCUGUGAAAGAAGCAGAGACUUGUGCUUCAGUAGCACAGCUGCUUCUGAGCAAAAAGCAAAAACACAGCAGACAGAGCCAAGAUAGUGGAAGAACACGGACCAAGCUAACUAUGGAGGAGCUGAAAGCAUUUGUCCAACAGUUAUUCAGUUUGCCCUGUGUUAUCAGCCAGGCCCGACAAGUAAAGAAUCUGCUUGAUGAUGUAGAAGAAUUUCAUGAACGUGCUCAAGAAGCUAUGAUGGAUGAGAUCCCAGACUCUUCUAAGCUGCAGGAGUUGAUAGACAUGGGCUCUGGCCUCUAUGUAGAACUUCCUGAACUGCCAAGGCUGAAACAAGAACUGCAGCAAGCACGUUGGCUGGAUGAGGUGAGGUCCACACUCUUGGAUCCCCAGAGGGUCACCUUAGAUGUGAUGAAGAAGCUGAUUGACUCAGGUGUUGGCUUGGCACCACAUCAUGCUGUAGAGAAGGCCAUGGCUGAGCUGCAGGAGCUGCUUACAGUGUCCGAGAGGUGGGAGGAGAAGGCCAAGGUCUGCCUGCAGGCCAGACCACGCCAAAGCAUGAUGGCUCUGGAGGGCAUCGUGAAUGAAGCAAAGAACAUCCCAGCUUACCUGCCCAAUGUGCUGUCACUGAAGGAAGCCCUGCAGCGGGCCAGAGACUGGACAGCCAAAGUGGAGGCCAUUCAGAAUGGUAGCAACUAUGCCUACCUGGAGCAACUGGAGAGCUUGUCUGCAAAAGGCCGCCCAAUACCAGUGCGUCUUGAUGCCCUGCCACAGCUGGAGUCACAGGUAGCAGCGGCGCGUGCUUGGAGAGAGCGCACAGGAAGGACGUUCCUGAAGAAGAACUCAAGCUACAGUCUGUUACAGGUUCUGAGCCCUCGGACUGAUAUUGGUGUUUAUGGAAGCAGUAAGAAUAGACGGAAGAGAGCAAAGGAGUUGAUGGAGAAGGAAAAGGAGAAGGAUCUUGACUUGGAAUGCCUAAGUGAACUGGAGGAUGGGCUGGAGGAGGCCAGAGACACUGCAGCUGUGGUGGCUAUAUUCAAGGAGCGGGAACAGAAAGAGAUUGAAGCCAUGCAUGCCCUCAGGGCAGCUAACCUGGCCAAGAUGACUAUGGUGGAUCGUAUUGAAGAAGUCAAAUUCUGUAUCUGCCGCAAAACAGCUAGUGGAUUCAUGCUACAGUGUGAGCUGUGCAAGGACUGGUUUCACAGUGGUUGCGUGCCCCUUCCCAAAACAAGUUCUCAAAAGAAAGGCUCUAGUUGGCAGGCCAAAGAAGUAAAGUUUCUGUGUCCCCUUUGCAUGCGUUCUCGAAGGCCACGACUUGAGACGAUACUGUCCCUACUAGUGUCCCUGCAGAAGCUGCCUGUACGGCUGCCAGAGGGGGAAGCGUUACAGUGCUUGACAGAACGUGCCAUGAGUUGGCAGGACCGAGCACGGCAGGCUUUGGCCACUGAUGAAUUAUCCUCUGCUUUGGCUAAGCUUUCUGUGCUGAGCCAGCGAAUGGUGGAGCAGGCAGCACGGGAGAAAACGGAGAAAAUAAUCAGUGCAGAGCUGCAGAAAGCAGCAGCUAACCCAGACCUACAGGGACACUUGACUAGUUUCCAGCAAUCAGCCUUUAACAGAGUGAUAGGGAGUGUGUCCUCAUCCCCGCGACAGACCUUGGAUUAUGAUGAUGAAGAGACAGAUUCUGAUGAAGACAUCAGGGAGACAUAUGGCUAUGACAUAAAGGACAAUGCCAGUGUAAAGUCUUCUAGCAGCUUGGAGCCCAACUUGUUUUGUGAUGAGGAAAUCCCCAUUAAAUCAGAGGAAGUGGUGACACACAUGUGGACUGCUCCCUCAUUUUGUGCUGAACACGCAUAUUCUUCUGCAUCUAAAAGCUGUUCUCAAGGUUCUAGCACCCCAAGGAAGCAGCCUCGGAAGAGCCCACUGGUACCUCGCAGUUUAGAGCCUCCUGUCUUGGAGUUGUCCCCUGGAGCAAAGGCUCAGCUGGAAGAUCUAAUGAUGGUAGGAGAUUUACUAGAGGUGUCACUGGAUGAGACUCAGCACAUCUGGCGCAUUUUACAGGCUACUCACCCACCCUCUGAGGACAGGUUCCUUCAUGUCAUGGAGGAUGACAGCAUGGAUGAAAAACCACUGAAAAUGAGAGGGAGAGACUCUUCUGAGAGGAAACGGAAACGAAAGCUGGAGAGAGCGGAGCAGUUCUUUGGUGAUAUGAAGCAAAAAUCUAAAGAGCUGAAGAAACUGGAAAAACCCAAGAAGAAGAAGCUAAAACUGACCAUGGAUAAGACAAAGGAGCUGAACAAGUUGGCAAAGAAACUGGCUAAGGAAGAGGAGCGGAAGAAGAAGCGAGAAAAGGCAGUUGUGGCAAAGGUGGAACUAGCAAAGGAGAGCACAGAGAAAAAAAGAGAGAAGAAGGUGCUAGAUAUCCCUUCCAAGUAUGACUGGUCAGGGGCUGAGGAGUCCGAUGACGAGAACGCUGUAUGUGCUGCGCAGAACUGCCAAAGGCCCUGCAAGGACAAAGUAGACUGGGUGCAGUGUGAUGGUGGCUGCGAUGAGUGGUUUCAUCAAGUUUGUGUUGGUGUCUCUCCGGAAAUGGCUGAGAAUGAGGAUUACAUCUGUGUAAACUGUGCAAAGAAACCUAUGCAGGGACCAAGUAGCCCUGCUCAUGCACCACCUCCCCCUUUCUUACUGAGCUACAAACUACCAAUGGAAGACCUUAAGGAGACAAGUUAGCAGCUACUCCAUGUCUGGAACUUGUUGGGAAAUGGACCACUGAAACCCUACAGAAAGAGAGGGUUUGAAGCUAAUGUAGCCACUGAGCUUCACUUCCAAGGAUGUACAGACCUGCAGCAGAGUUGGUCCCUUCCUUACAGCUGGCUUCCUUCAUACAAUGGGAGUGUCAAGGCACAGUGGUACUGACUCAUCUAUGCAGACACCGCCUCAUUGGGAGUUCCAGCCAAUGUUCUGACUUGAGUAUUUCCAUCUGUGAGUGUGGCUGUCGCUCCCAGAGACUGAGCGAACCCGAGGCUGUUAGAUUAGACACUUCAGGGUGUUAGAAGUACAUGUUGGCAGUGGAGUUGGCCUGGAAUUCAUGGGUGUAGAUUGGAGCUUCUAGCACUAGCAGGUUACCCUAAGGAGGUGACUUUGGAAGUUAUCUUUUGCCUCCCCAUGCCAACCCAGCAAGCAGGGCAAUGUCCUGGGAGAAUUAAGUUGCCUCCAUAUCCAGGUAGCUAACACUACAUGAUAAGGAUGGGAGCAAGUGGAUGAAUUUCUUUUAAUUUCUCUUUUGUAGCUAAAGGGCAGAGGAGCUCAUGAUCUCAGAAAUCAGCAAAGGUUCUGUUUACCAAAAAAAAAAAAAAAAAAAA